UGUUGACGUGAAAUACCAGAAGAUGGAGUGCACCUUGCCCUUGCUGGUGAUUCAAGGUCGCGGGACCAGUUUGCUUGGACGUGACUGGUUUGGCGCCUUGGGCAUAGAGGUUACAGGUGUGUACCAGGUCCGCCAGCAGUCCACAGCGGCUAUAUUGGCAAAGUAUGCUGAAGUUUUUGCUGAGGAGCUUGGGGCUUGUCGGGGUCCUCCUGUCUCAAUUGAAGUGGAUCCUAACACAGCACCCAAGUUUUUCAAAACUCGUCCGGUGCCUUUUGCAUUGUGGUCAAAGGUAGACGAGGCUUUAGAUCGCUUAGUCGAGCAAGGUGUGUUCAUGCCAGUGAAACACUCAAGGUGGGCCACUCCGAUAGUACCAGUCACAAAAAAGGAUGGUAGCCUUAGGCUGUGUGGUGACUAUCGUUGCACCGUCAACACAGCUGUUAAGCCAGAUGUCUACCCACUACCCACUGUGAGUGAGCUCUUUGCAGCUCUGGCCGGUGGUACGGUUUUCACAAAACUGGAUCUGAAACAAGCGUACCAACAGCUCCUGUUGGACGAUGAAGCAGCGGAAUUACUGACCAUCAACACACAUCGUGGUCUGCUCCGUGCCUUGCGCUUACAGUUUGGAGUGUGUACAGCUGUUUCCAUUUUUCAACGAUUUAUGGACACGCUACUAGCAGGUAUUCCAGGAGUGAAGCCCUACCUUGAUGACACACUCAUUGCAGGCCGGACACAAGAUGAGCAUGAUGCACGCCUUGAUGAGGUGCUACGCCGUUUUGCCGAGAGUGGGUUGCGGCUCCAAAAAGAAAAAUGCAGCUUUGCAGUCCCUGAAGUGGAAUACCUCGGAUUUCGGGUGACAAAAGAUGGAAUAAGUCCAACGGGUGAGAAGGUGGGGGCUAUACAGAACGCUCCCACGCCAAGCAACAAGACCGAGCUCCAGGCCUUCCUGGGUUUGCUGAAUUUUUACAACUGUUUCCUCCCCAAUAAGGCCACUGUCCUUGAGCCGCUGCACUGCUUACUGGACAAGUCGGCAGCAUGGAGAUGGACCGAAGAGCAUACAACAGCCUAUGUGCAAGCUAAGCUGCUGCAGGCUGAUGGCAUCCUUGCACAUUAUGAUGAAAAGAAGCCACUUGUGCUGGUGUGCGAUGCCUCGCCCUAUGGGCUUGGGGCACUGAUGAGUCAUGUUGAGCCAGAUGGCCGGGAAGCACCUGUAUGUUUCGCCUCACGCACCCUGACCUUGACAGAACGAAAUUAUGCCCAAAUCGACAAGGAGGCACUAGCUGUCGUCUUUGCUGUCAAAAAAUUCCACCAAUACUUGUCUGGCGGGCCAUUUGUGGUCCACACAGAUCAUAAGCCCUUGCUCUGAUUGCUGCAUCACUCCAAGCCGAUGCCCCAGGUCCUCUCCCCUCGCAUGCUGCGGUGGAGUCUGAUUCUGGGCGCCUACCAGUAUGAGCUGUGUUACCGGCCUGGCAGGCAGGUGGCCAAUGCAGACGCCCUCAGCCGCUUGCUGUUGCCUUCGGCCACUACGGAAAUUCCACAGCCGCUUGUGGUCUUACUGCUAGAGGCCGUCCCAGAUGCUCCGGUGCAUGCUGAGAAGAUAGCAGCCCUCACGGUGAAAGACCCUGUCCUCUCCCAUGUGUUGAGAUGGAUCUUGCAGGGCUGGCCAGAUGGAAACAGUGACAAGCAUUUCAGUCCUUUUUUCUCGCGCUGCCAUGAAAUGUCUGCUCACAAGAACUGUGUGCUCUGGGGCAAUCGGGUGGUGGUUCCAGUGCUGGCAAGGGAGGAGGUGCUGGCACUACUCCAUGACGCACAUCCUGGCAUUGUGCGCAUGAAAGGUCUUGCGCGCAGCUACGUGUGGUGGCCGGGCAUAGAUGCUCAGGUGGAGGAGGUGGUGAAGAGAUGUUCUACAUGCCAGAUGUCACGACAUAACCCUCCGAGAGCACCUGUGCAUCCCUGGGAGUGGAGCUCAAGGAAGUGGUCCCGACUUCAUGUCGACUUCGCUGGCCCAUUCUAAGGAAAGGUCUUCCUUAUUGUGGUAGACUCACAUUCGAAGUGGUUUGAGGUGGCGUUGAUGAGUUCCAUGUCAUCCGCUGCAGUGAUCACCACACUACGCCAGCUGCUGGCAACCCAUGGUUUGCCUGAUGUAAUUGUGUCGGACAACGGCACAGCUUUUACCUCGGCGGAAUUCAAGGGAUUCAUGGAAAGAAACGGCAUCAGGCAUGUAACGGUGGCGCCCUACCACCCCUCAUCCAAUGGGCAAGCGGAACGUAUGGUGCAAACAACGAAGGAGGCAUUAGGAAGAAUUCGCCGCCUCACCACGGCCCUUGAUCGCCUUCACCCAGAUUUUGGGGCGGAAAUGCAAGAAAAACAAGAAAAGGCCGCAAGUAAAAGUCAAGGUACGCUGCGGCAGUUCAAGGAAAGAGAGGCUGUACAUAUGCGACACUAUGGAGGAGGCCCAAAAUGGGUACCGGGAGCAGUCGUGGAGGCUACAGGACCACUGUCGUACAGAGUACAAACAGCAGAUGGCCAAGUGCACAGACGCCAUGUGGACCAGCUCAGGGGACUGAUGUCCCCAGCUCCUGCUGCAGCACCUGUUGCUGCCAGUGGUGUACUGGAAUGGCCCUUGGAAUACUACCCCACAAGCUUGCCAGUGUCAGACCUCACACAGGUUCCUGGUUCCUGCCCACGCCCCGCCCCAGUGCCGCCUGUUACCUCAUCUGCAAUCAAGCCCCCACUAACCAUCCUCACCUGCGUCCCAUCUUCCACUCAUUAG